UUAUAUUAUCUUCACUGGCUCCACCUCCAGGGUUCACGCGUUCCUCCUGUCUCAGCCUCCCUAGUGGACAGGACUAGAAGCAUUGCGCCAUGCAUUGGUCUAGAAAAAUGGCCCUCUUCGGAGAGCACAUGCUCAGUACAUUUCUGGGAAGCAGGAGUACAGGACAGCGGGGUGCAGGACAGCGGGAGACAGAGCGGGCCGCGGUGUGGAACCACCACCUGACGACGCUCUGGUUUGGGAGCAAACACACAGUAUAGUUGCCUUUUUUUCCUGGGAGCUGACUCGCCAGCAAAGAAGUACGACACAAGUCUGAUGUUUGUGCCUGCCUCUCCAAGCCCAGGGAAUCAUCUCCUUAGAAGGCAUCAGUACUAUGCAUGUUAUGAAUUGUGUCUCCCUGGCCAGUGAUAAAGAAAAUGGGAAUAUCGCCACAGCGGCUGGAUUCAUGAUCGGGCAGACCUCACCUCCGUCUCCUCCAUCUCCUCCUCCUCCUCCUCCCCCUCCCCCUCUGCCAUGUCCCUGUUCUGGGGGAGACGGCCCCCCCUCCGCUCCCCCUCCCCCGCCACCGCCACUCCCCUGGGGGCCUCCGCCCUCUGCAGGACAGCCUCUGGCUCCUCAAGAAAACAGCUUUGGCUCCCUGGGGAAGAAGAAGAGAAUGAGGAGUUUUUAUUGGAACACCAUCCCAGAGGAGCAAGUUCGUGGCAAGACCAACAUCUGGACCUUGGCUGGCAGGGAGCAGCAUCACUUCCAGAUCGACACCAAGAGCAUUGAGGAGCUCUUUGGGCAGCAAGAAGACAUAGCCAAGGCUUCCGUCCCCAAGAGAGGAGGGACUCUGAAUUCGUCCUUCAGGGACGCCCGAGAAGAGAUUACCAUCCUGGAUGCAAAACGGAAUAUGAACAUUGGGAUAUUUCUUAAACAAUUUAAAAAGUCUCCUCGGUCCAUCGUAGAAGAUAUUCAUCAAGGAAAGAGUGAGAAUUAUGGGUUGGAGACAUUGGGCGAAUUUCUGAAGAUUUUGCCUGAGUCAGAAGAGGUAAAGAAGUUAAAAACCUUCAGCGGUGAUGUGUCCAAGCUCUCCCUGGCAGAUUCCUUUCUGCACUGCUUAAUUCAGGUGCCAAACUAUUCACUUCGGAUUGAAGCCAUGGUGCUAAAGAAGGAAUUUUUACCUUCUUGUUCUUCUCUGUACACGGAUAUAACAAGUUUAAGAAGUGCUAUCAAAGAGCUGAUAUCGUGUGAGGAGCUACAUGCCAUAUUGCACUUGGUGCUCCAGGCCGGGAAUAUCAUGAAUGCAGGAGGAUAUGCUGGCAACGCAGUAGGAUUUAAACUGUCUUCUUUGCUGAAAUUGGCGGACACAAAAGCAAACAAACCUGGGAUGAACCUUCUGCAUUUUGUCGCACAGGAAGCCCAAAAGAAAGAUGCCAUCCUCCUAAACUUUUCUGAAAAGUUGAGUCAUGUUCAAGAGGCUGCUAGAUUAUCUCUGGACAACACAGAGGCAGAACUGAAGUCACUGGUUGUCAGGACGAGAUCGCUGAAGGAAAACAUCAAGCCGGACGUGGAACUUUGUCAGCAAAUGGAAGAUUUCCUUCAGUUUGCCACGGAAAAGCUGGCAGACCUGGAGCAGUGGAAGCAGAAGCUGCAGCGUGAGGCGCACACCCUUAUCGAUUUCUUCUGUGAAGACAAAGGAACCAUGAAACUGGACGAAUGCCUCCAGAUAUUUAGGGACUUCUGCACCAAAUUCAACAAAGCAGUGAAGGACAACCGCGAGCGCGAGGCGCAGGAGUCGAGGCAGCUGCAGCGGCUGAAAGCCACGGAAGAGAGGCGGCAUCACUGGGCGGCUGCGGAGCUCGGGGCCUUUGGCCGCAGCAGCAGUGAGAACGACGUGGAACUGCUGACCAACAAGGGUGCCGAGGACCAGGCGCCUUUCCUGCGCCCCGGGACCGAAAGCUCCUCCUCCCGCCCCCCCAACACCCUGCGCUCCCGCCAUUCCCUGGGCAUCUCGGCCGAGCGCGAGCUGCUGACCUUCCUGGAGAGGGCCACCACCGGCUGCCCGGAGGAGCCCAAGUUCAACAGCCUGCCCCGGAGCAGGGCACGGCAGGCUCGGCCUGCGGUGGCCAGGAUGCAGCCCGGGGAGGCAGGGGACCGCCACCUGCCCUCUGUGCACAGGCCUCAGGCCUCUCCGGCCGGCCCGGAGCGAGUCCCCGAGCCGCCCUGCCCGUGGCGAGGCCAGCCGCCGCCCGGGCCCGAGGAGCAGGCCUCCGCCGUCCCCCGAGCUCGGCGCGGCGGACUUGGCGCGCUCCAGAAGAGGAACAGCGAGCCUGCAGGCCUGGGCCCCGCGGGGACGCCUGCGCUCCCGUCCCUGGCUCUGGGCGUCCAGGAGCACGAGCUGGUGGCGGGGCUGGCCCAGUUCAGCCUGGAGGACCCCAAGGGCCGCCAGCAGCCAGCGCGCCUGGCCCAGCGUGACGCUGGCCCAGGGGCGUCUCCGGGGCCCGGGACCCCGCCGGCCCCCAGUGCUGGCAGCGACCGCGUGACACCCGUGAGCAGCGGACCCCAGGAAGGGCCCGGCCCGGCCCCGGAGGCGGACACCGCAGAGCCCGGCGGCAAGGCCUCGGGGUCUGUGGGGAGCGGCGCCCCUGAGGACGGGGACCCCGGGCCGUGCCACGUCUCGGACACGACCGACUGCUCGCUGAGCCUGGACUGCUCGGAGGGAGUGGAGCCCCGGCCAGGAGGCGCGCGGCCGGGCGAGGACACGGGGGCCCUCCAGGCCUCUCCCCUCCCGGCUUCCAGCCCCGCCGGGGAGGCUCCUGCCCCUGACUCCGUGAAGAGCGAGCCCGCCUGCAAGGCCGGCCUGGCCAGGGACCGGCUCGCCAAAGGGAAGGAGGCCUCCGUGCCAAAGCGCAGCUCCCUGCGGGAGGCGCCUCCGGGGACCGCCAAGCCGGGCAGCGCGCGGCGCAGCGCCGGGACCGCGACCAAGCCGGUGCGGACCCUGACGGCGUCCGAGAGCCAGAGCAUGCGCAAGGUGGUGCCCAUCUCCAAGGCCGGCCGGGCGCCCUCCGCGGGGACCGAGGACCAGCGGCCGACGCGGGGCAGCGGCGGCGCCCGGCCCGGGAAGGAGGCCGCGCUGCAGCCCAAGGGCUCCCUCAGGAAGCCCAGUGCCAAGCCGCUCAGGAACGUCCCGCGACCCAAGCCCGAGGACAGCAAGCUCAGCUUCUCCCCAGCCCAGCGCCCCGAGGAGAAGCCCAAGACCUCCCCGGCCCGCGGCCCGCCCUCCACCCCUGGCUUUGCGCGCAGCACCUUCGCCUCCUCGUCGCGCUGCGUGAGGACAGAUGCCACCCCCGCGGCUAGGACGCCCGGCCUCACGCGGACAGUCUCCCAGAGGCAGCUCGGGCCCAAGGGCGGCCCCGAGGACGCUGCGCCCAAGGACAGCGGCCCCCUGAGGCGCGCCAGCAGCGCCCGGGUCCCCAAGAAGGGCGCAGAGUCCACUGAGGGUCCCGGGGCCGUCUCGGGCAGGGCGGCCCCCAGGCGGCAGAGCUCAGGGCGGACGGCGCUGGGCAGGAUCCUGCAUCCCCUGGGCAAGUGAGGGGCUCGCCGCGGCGUUCCCACGGCGAACGAAGACUGCCUGCCCGGCUAGGGCUACGGUGCGAGAGGACACCGCCCAGCGUCUGCUAGGCGGCGCCAAAGCCGGUGACGCCCGUCCGACUGGCACCGGAGGAGCCGGGUGGCACGUGGGUCCCCACCGGCUCAGGCCCUUCUCCUCUCCUUCCCGCAGAGCAGAGGCCCCCGAGAUGACCUGGAAGGUGACACUCCUGUGUAACAAGGGAAUAGUUUUUCUGGCCAGUUUGUGUAUAUCGAAGACUUUUUUUAAAUACUGUAUUACGAAAAUAAAAUGUUUCGGUUGGUUCCUUUGCACAGUGAAGUGGCUCCCAGGGACAUUACCGGGGUCCCCUGGCCUCCCCGAAGCCCCUGAUGGGUUAGAUGGGCCCUGGCCCCUCUGGCUGAAGACUGGCUUGCUCCUCGCCCCUUGAGUGACUCUGGUGAGGGUUGGAGUGGGGACAGGAGGGGACCUCAGACCAGGCGCGCUGUGUUGGGGCGCCCUGGCCUGAGCCGGCUCAGUGGGAUGCAGGUGUGGCUGCAGGAAGCCCACCCUGCAAAUGUGCGAGAGUUUCCCGAAUCUCACGGUGCUAGCGGGAAAACAUCAGGGCUUCUCCGCCAAGCACGCUUUUCCUGUUGUUUCCACAUUGGUGUAUCUGUCAUAAAACUGAGUGAAGGCUGCGGACGCAUCUUCGCUCCCGUGACAGGGCAAAGCCAGGCCUCUGUCCCUGGACGUCCUUCUCCCGUUUCUCUCCCUCUCCGAGCUGACCCUUCCUGAUGGUACCUGGAGCCUGGCGGGGGGCCCUGCCCUCUCCCACACCCACCUCCAGUUCCUUCUCCUGAUACUUUUUAAUGUUGGCAUCUCUUCCUUGUUCUUCAAAUCCUGAGGAAAACCUAAUCAGGUUGGGUUUUUUUAAAGCAGGUCAAAAAUUGAAACUGAUUUACAUCAUCAGGAAAUUUCGAGGGGAAAAAAUCAGGCUUCAUUUGAAAGAAAGUCCGAUUUCUACUCAACGCCUGUUUCACUACCUCUCCCUGAGACUUGGGAAGUGAGGGAAAUCUUGAAACAUCUCUGUUUUAGAAGUUGCUCCCCUCCUUCACUUUGGGUCACCUACUAGUAAAACCUCGUCUGAGGUCCCGCAUGGGUAGCCCGAUGGAUUUAGGCAAACGUGAUGCAUUCGUGGUGAGUCUAUGUGUUACAGUCGUCUCUAGAACGUUACUGGAAACUGAGCUGCUGAGCUGUCGAUAAAGUAAGGGGUUGAAGAAUUAAGGCCCUGCCCACGCACCUCUUGUUAAAAGCAGUCCCAGACAGGUAUGUCCAGGGCUCCUCAAGAUGUAUAUGGGAAUCCUGAGCAGAUUUUCAUGGCCUUAAAGACUAAGAUAUCAUAUAUCUCUCCAGGUAGAUGGAAAUGUCCCAAACACCAGGCCCGUGGAUGGAAGGGGUCAUAAGCUUUUGGACUUGUGGGUAUCGAAGGGCCUAGAACUCCUAGGAGGGACCUGCUCUGGGCUGAUGCUGCAUGGCCAGUCAGCUCCUCCCCCAGCGUCAGUCUCCCAGUCCACACCCAGGGGUUUAUGGCCUCCCUGUUGGUCUCUAAAGGUCCUUCCAGCCCCAAGGCCCUGUCUUUGCCUGGGGUGAGCCUCCCUAAGCAGAGGCUGCCCCAGGGGCUACUCAGAAGGAAGCCUCACAGAGAGGCUUGGUGCUGAGGUCAUGCAGGCGGGGUCACCCAGGAAGUGUUGUUCCCCUCUCCCCGGGGACAGCCAGGUGCAUCUGUGUGAGCAGAUGAUCAUUCUAUUACCUUUUAUCGGUAGUAAGCUUGGGAAAAUAAUUUAAGUAUACGGUGGAGAAUUGUAAAUAUGUUUCUAUAUGCAUUUGUUGAAGAUGAACUGAAUGUAUUUAAAGGUCCAUUUAUAUGUGCUUUUAUGUAACAGCUAGUUUAAUA